AUGGACUGCGUGUCUGUUGACGAAUCGCAGCGCCCAUCGUCGGCGGACCCGCCCUGGGCACCGUCACAAUCGACGUCCAUGUUGGAGAGCGCACCGUCGGUUAUCGUAGAAACCCUGCAAGUUCUCUGGGACGUCUCGAGCUUCCGCGAGGGUCGCCAAGAGCGCCGCGCCAAGAAGCCCAAGUCUGAGUGGGGCCAUGGCGAUCGGAACGUGGGUGAGUGGCCCGAUGCCACGAUGCCACGAUGA